AUGUCAAACCUCACUACCAUUAUCGUAACUGGCGCUUCAAGAGGUCUUGGCCGUGCUGUCGCACUUCAUUCCAUAAAACAUUUCAAUAGUAACGUUUUAGCUAUUGCUCGUUCCGAAAAGGAUCUAAAUUCGCUUAAAUCACAAGUAGAAAAUGAAUUUGGUCAUAAAGGACGACUGGAAUUUGUUGUUGGGGACGUGACUGAUAGUUCUGUGGUUGACGCAGCUGUUAAGCAGUGUUUGUCUUCAUGGGGUCGGUUAGAUGGAAUUGUGGCAAAUGCAGGAGUACUUGAGCCUAUUGGGACAAUUGCUAAUACUAAGUUGGAAGAUUGGAAAAGGCAUUUCGAUGUGAAUUUCUUUUCAAUCAUUUCCUUUCUCCAAAAUGCAAUACCACAUCUUCGUGAAUCUAAAGGACGUGUUAUUGCCAUAGCUUCAGGUGCUGCAUCUUACGCGUAUUAUGGAUGGGGUGCGUAUUGCACAUCAAAAGCUGCUCUUAACUCGUUGAUCAGUAACUUAGCCGUCGAAGAACCUGAUAUCACUUCGAUAGCUGUUCGACCUGGUGUCAUGGAUACACCUAUGCAAAAACUUGUUCGUGCUGAACAUAUGCUAAAAGAAGAUUAUGAUAAGUUUGUUUCCCUGUACGAGAAUAAAACUUUGGUGAAUCCUGAAGAACCGGCAUAUGUAAUUUCAGGCUUGGUGACGGGUCAGCCAAGUAAAGAAUUGAACGGCAAAUUUUAUAGUUGGGAUGAUCCAGAAUUGGCGGGCUAUCGAAAGAAAUGA